AUGCCCAAAGAACGUCAAUCCACAGUUCGUUAUCGUCCAGGAACAAAAAAUAGACAACAGAUUUCUUCAUCAACAAAAACAAAAAUAGAAAAGAAUAAAAAAUAUUCUCAGGUAUCGUUCGUUGUUUAUCCUUUGGGUUUACUAAGUAUUGCUUCAAUCAUAUCAUAUUUCCAUUUUCUAUAUAUAUAUGAAUUAUUUGAGAAUGAUAAACAUUUUUCACAUUUAUCAACAUUAGAACGUGAAUUAUCAUUUCGUACAGAAAUGGGUCUUUAUUAUUCAUAUUUUAAAGAAAUUGCUAUUGAUUCUCCAUCAUUUAUCGAAGGUUUUUUGUCGAUCAUCUCUGAUAAUCGAACAGAAGCUCCAACGACAAUUAAUGUCUUAGAACGUUUCAAUCUUUAUCCUGAAGUUUUACUUAGUUUAAUUUAUCGUACAAUGAAUUCUCGUGGCAUGUUAACAGAAUUAUGUUAUCAAGUUGAUCGAGGCCAGACAAUGAGUCCAGUUUUAUCGUGUGAAGGGCAUAAAGAGCCUACUUACUUCUAUGUAACAAGUGUUUUUAUACUCAAUGGAUGUUUGCUUGGUCUUUUAUUUUUAUUUGGGACAUAUUUAUCCAAAAGUAUUUUAGGUGGAAUAAUAACAACACUUGCUUAUUUAUUCAAUCAUAGUGAAGCGACAAGAGUUAUGUGGACACCACCACUUCGUGAAAGUUUUUCAUUUCCAUUUCAUGUACUUCAAUUGUUUGUUGUCACAUAUAUUCUACAACAACAACAAACUUUAACAAGUACCAAUGCGAUAAAAUCUAUCCUAGAACAUAUAAAGAAACACGAUCAAUUGAUUCCUGUAGAUGCAACACAAAAUUCAAUUUCUCAUGGAAGUAAAAUAAAGCUUGUGUCAUUACUUGUUGUUUCGACAAUUCUAUAUAUGUUACCAUGGCAAUUUGCACAAUUUACAUUAGCUACUCAACUUCUAUCCCUUGGUCUUCUUUACAUUCUCAAUAUUUUACCAUUUGAUCAAUUUUUCUUUAUUUUAUCUGCUCAAAUAUUAUCAUUAGUAAUAUCAGCUGUGCUAAUGUUUGGUAAUCGAAUGUUAUUAACUUCUCUAUUUUCAAUAACAUUAUUCUCAUUUUAUUUGGUCUGUGUUUUGGAUAAUUUUUUUCUUAACUCAUCGUCAUCAUCAUUCCAAUCAUAUCGCUUGACACUGAUUAUUAUAAUUCGUCGAAUGGUUUUGUUUUUAUUUUCAUUUAUUUUUAUUAAAUUUGCUAUAAUUAGUAUUCUUUUUUCGUCAGUUGAUGAUGAUGCUCAUAUUUGGGAUAUAUUAAAGUCAAAAUUCUCUUCAACAUUUCGUACAUUUGAUACACAAUUAUAUACAUGUGCAAAAGAGUUUGACUUUAUUGAUAUGGAAACAAUAAUUAAAUUAUGUCGAACAGGUCUUAUUCCAUAUUCAAUCGUAAUCAUAUGUCGAUUAGUAUAUAAUUUUAUUAUUGAUAUAUUUCGUAAAAAUAAGAGUGAACAUAUAGAAAUAUGGAAUUCCUAUCAUAUUAUUCAAACGGGUGCUUAUUUAUGUAUGGCUUUGUUAAUUAUGCGUUUAAAAUUAUUUCUUGUUCCACAAUUAUGCCUUUUGAUAAGUCUUUUUAUGAAUGAGCAAUUGUGGCCAAAAAAAAUGAUUGGUUCAAAAAAAUGGAAAUUUUUACUUUUUAUUUUUAUUUUGAUUGGAAUGAGUAUUGAAGGACGAAAUAAUAUUAAAAAAGAAUUACAAAUUAAAGGUGAAUAUUCAAAUUAUCCAAUGGAAAAAAUGAUUGAAUGGAUUAAUUUGAAUACUCGAAAUGACUCAAUUUUUGCUGGCACUAUGCCAACUAUGGCUAAUUUAAAAUUAUCAACGCAUCGUUCAAUAAUUGUUCAUCCUCAUUAUGAACAUAAAAAAAUUCGUCAUCGUGUUAAACUUGUUUAUACGAUGUUUUCACGAAAUCCGCUUCGUCAUAUUCAUUCAAUAUUAAAACAAUAUCAAGUUAAUUAUUAUGUUUAUGAAUCACAUUGGUGUACAAUAACAAAUCGUCCAAAAGGAUGCUCAUUUCCUGAAAUGUAUGACAUUGAUGAACAAGAUCCUAGAAUAUUAACACGUACAACUCUUGCGUGUCAAACUCUUGAAUCUCAUCCUCAACCAUAUUUUAAGAGACUAUUUAAUUAUGAGCAUCUCAGUAUUUAUGAGGUUUUAUAA